AUGUUUGAUCUUUUCUCAGCGCUUGUCAAGCUUGUAUUAAAUAAUUGGAUUUUUCUAUGGUUUAUUAAUUGUGGACCAAGUGACACUUAUGUCAAAAUGGCCAUGUUCUACGUAUUUCUUUGUACAGGAACGUACGUCGUCGAUGCACAAAUUGUGCUUGUUCGACUCAUUACACGUAAUAAAUACACUCUUGAAUCAUUCAAUAAUUUUCCGAUUCUAUCACGAUCUCUUCGAGAAUUUUGGGGUCGACGUUACAAUCGAGUUGUUGGUUCAGUUCUUAGAGAGUCCAUUUUCGAACCACUUCGUAGCUUAUUCUCCUUGUCAUCGACAAGCGCUGCUCUAGCUAGUUUUCUAGUUAGCGGUCUGCUUCACGCACAUGUGUCUAUUGUUGUCUUCGGUGCAUCAUCUCCAUUGCCUGCAUUUACAUUCUUUUUAUUACAUGGUAUUGCCUGCUGUGCAGAAGCGUAUUGUCCGAUUGUUUUGCCCAAACCCAUUGGUAUUAUAGUGACACAUACGUUUCUUCUUCUGACAGCUCCGCUCUACGUUGGACUGUUUACACGUGCUGGGCCUGAUUUCUUUGUACCUAAUGCGCCUUCACUACUUAAUGCAAAAUGGUUACCUCAAUUACCAGUGCCGAAUUUUUGUCCAAAAUAA